AUGCAGGAUUUAUUCGGCAUUUUCGCAGCACGGUCUUAUUGGUGCAUCGAAUUUACUCAAGAUAGGAGUACUGGGCUGAAACCAUUUCACUUCAAAAGAAUGCAGGAGCCUAUGCCAGACGUAAACAGAGCACCUUCUAUGGUGCUGGUCAUGGAUAGUCCUAUGGCUACGCCUGACUUCAGAGCAUACAGAGUGAGGCAGCUAAUAGACGGAGUGACGCAAACAUCCUUUGUAAGGACACUUUCGAUUCUUUCCGUUCUCUUCAAGCUAUUCCAAAUAAGCAUAAACAUAAUUGCGCUGACAUUUACAAAGAACGACAAAGCACAAAGCCCGUUCAGGCUCUUUAUCAUUGUGUACACCGCCCUGAUAGCCGCAAACGCAGCAUCGUUCACGAUCCGGCACUGGAGAUACAUGCUAAACAGGACUCCCCUAGAGUUCACGCAGAGCGCAGAGUCCACGCUGUUCAACAACCUGCUCGACAUUCUCACGCUUUUCCUGUACUUCAUAGGGUUUAAAUGGCUGCAGCAGUACUCGCCAAGCAAGCAGGAAAUUCCGGUGCUGUACACGCUCACAAAAGUGUGGGUUUUCUACGGGAUUGUGGUUGUGCUUUCCCCCAUUUUCUCAGUUAUUUUGAUUCUCCUGCUCCUAAACUACGUGCGCCCGUCGCUCCCUGUCGUGGAGUAUGCGCCCGGGGGAAAAAUCCAGGAGGAAGACGCACAGUGCACGAUCUGUUUGGCUCCAUACGAAGAAAAAGAGAAGAUCAGAAGGCUUCCGUGCAACCAUCAUUUUCACAUGGGGUGUAUAGACGAGUGGUUUUGUGUGGAUGAUGUUUGCCCUUUGUGCAAGCGGCCUGUGAAUCCUUUGUACGACGUUGCAGGCGGGUACCUCUGA